UAAUAUGUAGUCUAUACUCAGGAAAUUUUUCUUUCUUUCCUGUCAAAGUCAAAUUGAAGUUUAGGCUGCUUUUGCGAUAUUUUAGUUUUUGUAAAGAACCACAGACACCAGAACCUACAUCAAAAUGCCAGAACUCACAGAAUUGGACAAGGCCACAGCAUCCAUGACUGAGAAGAGGAAGGAAGAAACUGCGUCAUCAGACAGCGACUCUGACGACACCAUUCCAGAAUUGGAGGAUGCAGGUGCUCCUGGUGCUGGCGGCAUCACCAACCCCAUUGCGGGCAUUGACAUUGUGUCAAAGGCAAAGCAGUCUCGUGGUGAGAAGAAAGCCCGAAAAAUUAUGAGCAAGCUUGGGCUCAAACCUGUACAAGGCGUGAACCGAGUAACUAUCAGGAAAUCAAAGAACAUCCUCUUUGUGAUCAACUCACCAGACGUAUACAAGAACCCACACUCGGACACCUACAUUGUUUUUGGCGAGGCUAAGAUCGAGGAUCUGUCACAGCAAGCGACUAUGGCUGCUGCAGAGAGAUUCAAGGCGCCAGAGAGCGCCGCUGCUGGCAAUGACACUGCUACUGCUGGCACGACGGUAGCACCAAUAGCUGAAGAGGAGGACGAAGAAGGGGUGGACGAAACAGGUGUGGAUGAAAAGGAUGUGGAGAUUGUCAUGUCGCAAGCGAACGUGUCGCGAGCGAGAGCGGUGCGGGCGCUUCGAAACAACCAUUCGGAUAUUGUGAACGCUAUAAUGGAGCUGACAAUGUAAAGGAGUGCUGGAUAGUCACAAGCGUUAUUUUAUAUGUUCCUAGCUUUAAGUCUCAUCAUGGUAACCAAAUAAGGAUUUAUGACAUCCUUAAUCUUGAUGUCUAUUAUCAACAGAAUUGUCUCUGAUCAUUCAAUAUCUCUGGCUUAACCCAGUUUAGACUGUAUGGCUCGUUUAGAAAGGUAACGGGAAUGUACAUAGCAUACAAUGAAAUAAAUUAAAAUUAACAACUGUA